AAGCUUGGAAAUCUAAAUACCGGCGAGCAGAAGAAACAAUAAAGAAAAGCACAAACAGGAGUAACGAGAAACAAGCAAAAACCUCGCUUUCGAUUCUCAUCUUCAAGUAUGCAAUUCGGUCUUAAUCCUCCUGCUUUGUAGAAUCAAACUUUGUUUGUCUGUCUAUCAAUAACCCCAUCGCUAAUACUAUUCUGAAGCCCUCAUUGUCCAGAUUCUUUAUUCCAAAAAGAAAAAAGAAAACCCAUAUCCCCAAUUCUUUAUUCUUUAUGGCUACAGAUGCUUCCACAACAAAUUUCCACACCCCGGACUUCCGACCGGUGCCGCAGCCACCGGAUUUCCAUCCGGAAAUGACGGUGACGUCCCACGACGGGCUCCACUUUUGGCAGUUCAUGGUUGCUGGCUCCAUCGCUGGUUCCGUUGAGCAUAUGGCAAUGUUCCCUGUUGAUACCGUCAAGACCCAUAUGCAAGCCCUCGGCUCUUGCCCAAUCAAAUCGGUGGGUGUACGUCACGCGCUCCGUUCUGUCCUCAAACCCGAAGGAGUCCGGGGCUUAUACCGGGGAAUCGGGGCCAUGGGACUGGGGGCCGGUCCGGCCCAUGCCGUCUACUUCUCUGUCUACGAAGUUUGCAAGAAGUAUUUUUCGGGUGGGGACCCGAAUAACUCGGCGGCCCAUGCAGUUUCCGGUGUUUUCGCGACGUUAGCAAGCGACGCCGUUUUUACGCCUAUGGAUAUGGUGAAGCAGAGGUUACAGUUGGGGAACGGUGUUGCUUAUAGAGGGGUAUUGGAUUGUGUUAAGAAAGUUUUAAAAGAGGAAGGUUUUGGGGCGUUUUAUGCUUCCUACAGGACGACGGUGCUGAUGAAUGCACCUUUUACGGCUGUUCAUUUUGCAACUUACGAGGCAGCAAAAAGGGGUCUGAUUCAGAUUUCACCAGAGAGUGCGAGUGGUGAGCAGAUGAUCGUCCAUGCCACGGCUGGUGCUCUUGCUGGAACAUCUGCAGCGGUUGUCACUACACCACUUGAUGUAGUUAAAACUCAGUUGCAGUGUCAGGGUGUAUGUGGAUGUGAUAGAUUUAAGAGUACUGCUAUUAUGGAUGUGACCAAAACAAUAGUGCAAAAAGAUGGCUACAAGGGCCUCAUGAGGGGAUGGAUUCCUCGAAUUCUCUUCCAUGCCCCUGCUGCUGCAAUUUGCUGGUCCACCUAUGAAGCUGCAAAAUCUUUCUACCAACAACUCGAUGGCUGCCCUGAAAGUGGCACUAUCACCUGAAGUGUCACGAGGAAUUGUGCCAAUGCAUACAGACGCUGCAAAACGCACGCCUCAAGUGAUGGUUGGAAAGUUUAGCUUCACACGAUGGGCGGGUAAGCAGGAGUGCAGGACGUAUACUUCCAGGCAUAUCUAUAGUUUAAAUCGAUAUCCAUAGAGUAUAUCAAAUAAAUAAAUGUUGAAUCAUUUAUA